CUCGUCCGAUUCGAUCCACGCGCUAUAAGACGGAGGUUCGGUCCAACGCAACUGAAUUGACGAAUCGAUACAAACCGGAGCCAACAACAACAUCGUCACCUUCGUUCUUAGCCUCGCCGAAUCUCCCCCGUAGGAGAAAGCAACAACAACAACGGGCUCGUUAACGUUCAACUUACUGGAAACAAAAGUGUUGACAGCGCGACUCCCCGACGACCGCCGGCCUCUCCUAGAUUCCUGCCGGGGGGAAGGCGCGCCCUUGCCGCGUGAGAGACUAGGCCGCACGCAGUAUAUCGCUACCGUACGAGGAGAGACGGGUGGGCCGGGUCGGCGGAGACGUCACUUAAGAAGAUAAAGAUCCAAGAGAAACGCCGCUUCGAACACCUCCCCUUCCAUCUCACCUCUCUCCUCCUCCUGCUUCUCCGUCUCCUCAAGAUCUCACCCGCUGCACCCUCCAUGGUGCCCAGGACUUCGCGGCCCUUUGACAUUGAGUUUCAGAGUACCACAGCGUCAAACCUCACCCCUAAGAUCCUCCUCCACCAUCUGCUGCUGCUCAAGCCCUCGGCUGCCCCUUACUCCACGCACAAUGCUGCCCUGCGUGGCGCGGCUGUGGCCGGCGAUGGCCAGAGGGGCACUCCGCGCGAGAACGUCGACGUGUCCUCCUCCUCCUCAUCCCUCCUCCGUCAUCUUCGCCUCCUGCAUCAGCACCUCCACCGCCUCACCGUCGGCGAGGCCGAGGCUGUGUCCGAGCCCCGUGAGGCGUCUGUGCGGCGCCAGCCAAGUCGGGGAGCCCGGCGAAGAGGCGGCGCCGCGGUGCUGGGGCUGCCGGAGCGAUGUCGGUGCCGACUCCGUCUUCUUCUGCUCCCGCUGCCACUCGGUGCUACCCCCUCGACCGGGGGCCUCGCUCUUCCAGCUGCUGGGCUGAGGGAGCUUGACUUGUCGCAGCAGCAGUCUGCGCUUGUGAACAAGGCCUACAACACGCUGCUGAAGCCGCUGCCCAGGGGUGUCUACUUGCUGGAGCGGCAUGGGCUGUCGUUGGAGGAUACAACGGAGGACAUGGACCCCGAGUUCCUGAUGGAGAUCAUGGAGAUCAACGAGGACCUUGAGGAUGCCGACUCCUUACAGGAGAUCGAAGACAUCUCCAGGUGCAACCUGGAGAAGCUGCAGGAGCUGACGCAGGAGGUCAUGCAGGCAUUUGACGCAGGCAACUUCCUGUUGGCGCGUUUGCUCCUUACCAAGAUGAAUUACUUCACCAACAUCGAUGAGAAGGUGAAAGAGAAGAGGCUGCAGUACUCGUGAGCGGACGAUGAAGCCGCUCGCUCCACGAACUACUCGCGGGAAACUCGUGAUGCGCAAUUGAUUUCAUUGGUAAUUAGUAUUUGUCAGUAAGCACUUGAUGAUAACAUUGAUCAUUUACAACCCAUUGUAAAUACCCUGCUUGGUGCUAGGUUUAUCAUGCUGUUUUGGUCAUGCGAAUUGUUUUGCCAUACUCUUCACCAUGCAAGUCGGUAUGGAUUAAUGGAGUGGUGGCCCAGGACCGGUUCAGAAAACGCUUGCCACUGAUGUUUAGCUGUGGCCAGGAAUGGAGCUAGGUUUGCCGAGUUUAUAGCACUGCACUAACCGGAGGGUCACCCUUCCCCCCUUAUCACAUGUAAGUAUUACACAAUUUUAAAAGCUCUUAUCAUAAACAUAGGUUAACGUUUCAGAUCAACAGUUUGCUUCUGUCAGUCUCGCACAACAAUACAGAUGUGACCUUGCCCAUUUGCUGCGGGAUAGCGAGCACUGCACCUCAAACUGUGCAAGGCACUAAUCUGUAACGUCUGCAGAAAACACUUGCAUACACAGGUGGUUGGACCCGUUUAGAUCUGCGUCACACAGGGAUAUGAAGACCAAGUUCAGGUGAGCAUUUAAACUAACGUGUUGCAACAGUAUUGUUUUGGUCCAUUUCAUACACUGCUGUUUGAGAUGCCAGAAUUGGCAUUUGUGGCAUAGCACUUGAGCUUAAUGCACGCACAAAAGGACCUGCGGAAUGCGUCCAGUAAGUUUUAACGUUUGAAGUUUAUAUUUAUGAAAGUGAGUGUAAGGACGUGAUAGUUUUAUUUGGUUUUAAUAAAAGACAUUGCAAAAA